GCAUGUAUCCGAACGUUUUGAUAAAUAGAAAGGUCCAGAGGCGCCCCGUGGUGCCCAAUCGCAGAACUAUUUUUAUCGCCAUAUUUGUGAUGGCGACCGAUAUUUAUAGAUCGUAAGGGUGUUGUUAUUCAAUAAAUAAAUGCAUUAAAAAUGGAGGAGACUAAAGUUAUUUAUUAUAUAGACGAUGAGGAGACACCGUAUUUAGUGAAAAUUCCAAUCUCGCCGGAGAAAGUGACGUUGUUGGACUUUAAAAACCAGUUGAAUAGGCCGAACUAUAAGUUUUUCUUCAAAUCCAUGGACGAUGAUUUCGGUGUUGUUAAAGAAGAAAUUGUUGAUGAUAACGCGCAUUUACCGUGUUUUAACGGUCGUGUAGUGUCGUGGUUAGUGUCUGCUGAGGGUUCAAACCCUUCCGAUGGAGCUUCGCAGUGUACUGAUAGCAAUGCUGGUAAAGGCAAACCAAAUCACGGUGCUCCGGCGCCCGUCACCCGAGACACCUGUACCGACACUGACAGCACGAUCAGCUCGCGGCCGGGCCACCGAGCGUCGUGCGACAAGUAUAAAUACCGAGGACUUCGCAUAAACGGCCACUCGAAGUAUGGCAAUCAUGGUUUGGAGUACGAGACGGCUUCGGUGCUGAGUUCGGACUUGGAUUCGACCAGUCUCUUCGACAGUCAGUCGGAGAUCACAACGACGACUGGCCGGCACACUAACGCGUCUGUGGACCGAGCGCUCACAGAAUGCAGUAGCGUGUCUCACCUACAAGUGAGCUCCCGCAAAAGACCGCAGCGAAGACGAAAAAGACCACAAGUAAUGUCGAGAACGUCUUCGUACUCCUCCAUAACUGACUCCACAAUGUCUAUGCACAUCAUAACAGUGACUCUGAACAUGGAUACGGUCAAUUUCCUCGGUAUUUCUAUAGUGGGACAGUCGAAUAAGGGUGGUGAUGGAGGAAUAUACGUCGGCAGCAUCAUGAAGGGGGGUGCCGUGGCGCUGGACGGAAGAAUAGAACCUGGAGACAUGAUAUUACAGGUGAACGAUGUUAACUUUGAAGAUAUGACGAAUGAUGAAGCUGUGAGGGUGCUUCGCGAGGUCGUCCAGAAACCUGGCCCCAUCAAGUUGGUCGUGGCCAAGUGCUGGGACCCUAAUCCCAAGGGGUACUUCACUAUACCUAGGACGGAACCUGUCAGGCCUAUUGAUCCAGGUGCAUGGGUAGCUCAUACGCAAGCACUCCGAGAGGCGUAUCCUCCCCCACCGCCCUCACUUUCAGCCCUCCCAGUCUCCUCAGUGUCGGAGAGGGGCGCCAGUGACGCAAGCACGGUCCCUGCUGGAGCCCUAGAGCCCCAGCUGUCAGUCAACAUGGAUAUGGCGCUUGUGGUCCGAGCUAUGUUGAGGCCUGAUUCCGGCCUAGAGAUUCGGGACCGUAUGUGGCUGAAGAUCACGAUACCGAACGCGUUCAUAGGAGCCGACGUCGUGGACUGGAUACUACAGCACGUUGCCGGCAUCACGGACCGUCGGGACGCUAGGAAAUACGCCUCGCAUAUGCUAAAGGCCGGCUUCAUUCGUCACACGGUGAACAAGAUAACAUUCUCGGAGCAGUGUUACUACGUGGCCGGCGAGCUAUGCGCCGAGCUCGCCAACCUGCGCCUGCGCAGCGCAGACACUGACAGCUUGCUCAGCGAUACACUUGCUCCACUGCCUAAUCCCAAUAUAAUGGGCCCCGGCUACAUGCCGUACGCUGGCUCCUACGGCUACCAGCCCAUCCCGUUCAAGUACUCGUCCUGUCUCAACAGCGAACACACUGUUUAUGGGUACAACAGAGAAGAGAGCGUUGUAUCCGGUUCCGGGGGCUCCAGCGGUGGGUCGGAGCGUGUGACGGGCAAGGAGACGCGGGACGAGCGCAAGUCCACCUCGAGCGGGUCGGACAGAGACCGCCAGGAUCGCCAGGACAGGCCCAACCAGGACGCACAUGACAGGCCCGUUCUCUUCCUCUAAUGGAGUGUGUUAUGAAAAUCACGCUCUACAUAACUGCCAAAUAUCGCGACAGACGGACGGUAAACUGCCUACAGAUACUACACAACGCACAGAAGAUAUAACAGAAGAAAGAAGAUUCAACAGAAGAAUCUAGAAGAAGACUCGAAAGUCACUGUCACCCGUGUCAAAUUCACAGAGGGAAGUGGAAACUAUUAUAGUAAUAAUAAUUUUCUAAUUUAUUUCGUUGCGGGAUCCAAGACAGUCAUUCAUGUCCCUGGGACGCGUCGGACUUCAGUGUUCCGGUGUUUUCAUGGUUGUAUCUACUGUAGAUCCUGGUGAUUUUUUUUAUGUUAUACUACGGCCA